AUGGCCCUAAAGAGUUGGUACCUGGACGGCAGUGCUCGAUGUCUUGCCGUUGCUGUGAGGCAGCAGCACCAAGGAAGGAAGUUCUACUACAUCACCAGAGAUGGGCAGAAUCAAUCCUCGAACAUUCAGACGAAUAUUUAUCGACUUGAUGUCCAGGGUGAACAAUUAUUGAUUCAUCCCUACAAUAACAACAACAAUAAUAAUAAUAAUAGAAGUAGCGGUGGUGAUGAUGAUCUCGAUGAUGAGGAUGCUAAUGAUUUAGCUGACAGUUUAAAAAGUAUGAAGCUGACCAAAGAAAAAGUUUCCAAAUUCCUAAUCUUGGACCAGAAUCAAAUAGUUGUCUAUGGACAGAUUGAGGGGGGUAAUAGAGGUAUAUAUUUGAUGGAUGGAAGGUGUGGCCAAAAGAGAAACAUGUAUAUUUAUAAGGAACAAUGUCAAGGAAAAAUUAUACAAAGGAUGAAAGUGAUGUCAGGAGGACGUCUCGAGGAAGAUAAAGGUGACGAAGACAGGCUUGAUUUUUUGAAAGAAUUCAUAGAUGGAAAGAAGACUGCAGACCUGAAGAAGUUUUCAAGUUUACUGUAUGACCACCACAUGGAGGCGCCAACCAUCAUGGACCUAAUGACCCGUCUGUUGAGUGAUGACGACCUUCAAACAUCACACUUUAAACAACGACUUCGUUCCGUUGUGCACCACCUCCAACUGCCGAAUGAUUUCACACAGUACCUCUCAACAAUGAAUCUGCAUCACGUCCUCAAGUUGUUGAAGUUCUUGCACGAUGAACUCGUAAGCAAUGAAGAAGAGGAUGACGAAAAUGAUGACCAUCUCCAUGACCAUCUCCAUCCCCACCAUCACUCCACUAUCGAAACCAUCAUUGAUUGGCUGAACAUGCUGCUCGACUGUCACUACCCGAGACUUGUCCUCCACCUUGCUGGCAGUAGGGAGGUCAAGAGUUCAAAGUCCAACAACAGUGCCGAUGACAUCUCUGGUGGGGAAGGAGCCUCACUUCUCAAUGACAUUCUCACGUACAUAGAUGUUACGGUUUCUGAGGCAAAAGAAGGUUUGUGUCAGAAGAUUAUCAACCAGGCCAAAUAUUUGAAAGUGAAACAAAAGAAAUCAAGCAGGAAGAGAUAUUACAUUGAAGCUUUUCAAUUCAGUUGA